AUGCUGCGUGCGUGCAGGAAGAGCCAGUCGAAGAAGGUGGUGUGCAUCCCGGCGCCGACGGCGGCGCCGGGAGCGAGCGGGCGGCAUAGCACGAGCGGCGAGGUGGUGCCGUCGGACCUGUGGGCAUGGAGGAAGUACGGGCAGAAGCCCAUCAAGGGGUCGCCGUACCCGAGGGGCUACUACCGCUGCAGCAGCUCCAAGGGGUGCCCGGCGAGGAAGCAGGUGGAGCGCAGCCGCACCGACCCCAACAUGCUCGUCAUCACCUACACCUCCGACCACAACCACCCGUGGCCGACCCAGCGCAACGCCCUCGCCGGAUCAACCCGCCCGUCAUCCUCCUCCGCCGCCGCCGCCAAGAUCGCCGCCUCCUCUUCCUCUUCAUUGGCGGCCGCGGCAGCUCGUAGCAGUAGCAACACCAACGUCGACGUCGACUGUGCUGGUGCUCACCAUCAGCUGAAGCAAGAGAGCGACCUGGACCUGUUCGCGGACAUGGACGCCCUCAGCGUCUUCUCCUCCAUCGACAAGAUCCAGGAAGAUGACAGCAAGCAGCAGCUGUUUGAUCCUUUCAGCUCCGGCUUCUGCGACUACAUCUAA